CGCUCCAUCACUGUUUUCUGGGCAGCGUUAUUUUGGAGGCUAGCUGAGCUGUCACUGUGCUCUGUCAAUAAUGGCUGUACUGUUAGAGCACCAGUUCAGACAGCUUCCAGCCGACAAGCAAGUGGAAACUCGACCGUUUUUGGAAUCAGUGUCAUAUCUUCCGCCAUUCUUUGACCUCCUUGGCUCCACAGUUUUUGCGCCAAUCAAGGCUGAUAUUGCUGGCAACAUCACAAAAAUUAAAGCUGUGUACGACAGCAACCCAGGCAAAUACAAAACCCUUCAGCACAUUCUAGAUGCAGAGAAGGAGAUGCAUGGAGCUGAGUGGCCCAAAGUUGGAGCCACUCUGGCCCUCAUGUGGCUCAAAAGGGGUCUCCGGUUCAUCCAAGUCCUCCUGCAGAGUUUGGUAGAUGGGGAGAAAGAUGAGAACAACCCUAACCUCAUCCGUGUCAAUGCCACCAAAGCCUAUGAGAUGGCCUUGAAGAAGUACCAUGGUUGGUUGGUCCAGAAGCUCUUCAAGGCAGCGCUGUACGCUGCUCCCUACAAGUCAGACUUCUUGAAGGCUCUUUCAAAAGGCCGGGAGGUCAAGGAGGACGACUGCUUGGAGAAGGUGCGUCAGUUCCUGGUCAACUUCUCCGCCACAGUGGACGCCAUUUAUGAGAUGUACUCGAAGAUGAAUGCUGAGUUGGAUUACACGGUGUGACUGCUGCUUUCUCCACAAGCCCCCACCCCAACUCUCUCUCUCUCUCUCUCUCUCUCUCUCUCUCUCUCUCUCUCUCUCUCUCUCUCUCUCUCUCUCUCUCUCUCUCUUUCUCUUUCUCUGAUGCAUAAAACCAUCUGGCCUUACAUCUCAAAUCAUGUUUUCAGUUUGCUCUGAAGACUGAUAUCUCUCAAAAUAGCUGUUUUUAUUCAUUAUUUUUUUGGUAUUAAUUAUAUUGGUGAGUGUGUGUGUGUGUGUGUGUGUGUGUGUGUGUGUGUUUGUAUCUAUGUGACUGUGUGUCUGUGUGUGACUGUGUCUCGGGCACACAAAUAUUUGUGUGUCUCACAGAACUUACAGUAUAGUGCCUUAAGAAAUUCUUUCUUUAUAUUUCACACCAAACACCAACGCCCCACACAGGUUUUAGCUUUUUAAUGUUGAUGAAAAUGGGUUAAAUACACACUAUGAAUUUAUCAGAACUAAUGCUUUAUUUGAACUUGCAAUGUUCAAACGAAUAACAAUGAAAGGCCAAACAAACGAACGGCAGUAAUCAAUACUUCAAAACCAUAUUUUAUAAUGAUAGGCUUACCGUGCUUGAAAAAUGAUGGCAAUCAUAAAGAGAGUCUUAAUACAGUUUUCUAUAUCAGAAUAUAAUAGAGCUGGCUUUUUUCUAUUGCAUGUUAUAAUGGCUGCGUUUAGCAAGUUUUUCAGGGAAUGACAAAUGUUCUGUCAAAACUCCACAUCACACCAAAAAUAACCUGCAUUUCUGAAAUCUUUUAAAUGUUUGAGCAGUCAUGUUUACUGUACAUCACGAUGGAAUAAUCAGCACCUUUGAAUGCACUAGUAUCACUAGACAUUUACUACUUACUUACUACUCACUCAUUCAUUCAUCUAUUCAUUCAUUUACAGAUUCAUGUAUGAAAGCAGAAAACAACUGGUACUAUUAGUUCAUGUAUGUUUCUUUAUUUUCAUAUAAUGACACUCUAUACAUUGUUUCAUUACAAGGGGAAGAAGAGCAAACCAAAAGAAGACAUUGGUUUUUAAGUCUAAAAUAUUUAUUAACAUUAACACUUUAUUUAUAAUAUAUUUGUGUUAUUAAGCAAAUUAAUUUAUGCUUACAUAUGAUCAGCAAACACUUUUCUAAGUGUCCAAAGAAAAAAUCCAAAUGAAAUAGUUUAAUAUUGCACAGCACUAAAUGCUAAUAACUACACUCAACUUUAUUUGCAAAUAUUCAUUUAUUCAGUGGAUUGCUAUACAUUUCAUGAUACAUUAUUUUAUAAUGAUAUACCAAACUACUACUAUAUAAAUACUACUUGAAGCUUCAUUCAUGGUUUAGUCCAUACACAACCAAAAGGAAGACAUUUUUUAGAUCACACAGCUUUAACUGAAGAACACUUUAUAUGACUUAACAUCCAACAGCAAGAAAUGAAAAGAUAUUAAGAGUAAUAGUGAUAUCUGAGUUGGAUUUGCUUUUUGUUUUUCAGAUUCUGUCUCAUAAACAGUAACAUUCUGAAGUUAGGUCAUUUGAAAUCUACUAAUGAUUCAAUGCAAAACUGAGCUAGUCAAUACUAAAGGGCUAUUAAAGGAAUGCAAAAACAUUUUUCUAUGGCGAAACAAGCUUGUUUCUCAUGGCAUUCAGUGCUCGAAUUGUUUGAUUUUAUUAACUAGAAUUCAGAAACAUCAUUUCGGGAAACCAAUGGAAUACACAUGCCAUUGCCAUACAUCUGGAAUAAUGCAGCAGCAGAUUAUUAUCUCCACUGAAGUUACUUAGGAUGAAUUUACAUCCAGUAAAAACUACCUGUGCCUUAGUCAAGAGAUAGAACAGUGAUUUGUUUGUACAAGUAAUAAGGGUAUACACUGCAGGUUAGAGGUCAUUUUGCCUUUUUUUUUUCAGAUUUUGGCUUUGGUAUUUACAUUCUCUUCAUUUAAUGAGGUUCUCUGCAGUGGCCUUAUCUUCACAGACAAAAACCCAGAAUGUGUUGUGUGGCCUCUUAAGUUAGUCUAAGUCAAAACAAACACUGUAUAUAUUUAUUGUUAUUAUAAUUUAUUCGCUGACAGAAUGUUACUUCCCCAGCCCUGAACUAUUUCACAGAAGUACGUCAUAGAAGUAAAUUAUUUUGGGCAGUUUUCUAUGAGUUUAACAAAAGCAAAUGUAAUGCUUAAAGUAGAAUCAUUAUGUUUGCACAUCUGAUUUAUCACACAAUGACUGCACAGUGAUAUGUAGAUAAACAAGGAUAUCCUUAUGGUAUUUCAGCAUGCAGUGUGUAUGCUGGCAGUUAUGUCUCUGCCAUAUCAUUAUGUGUGUGUGUGUGUGUGUACGUGUGCGUGCCUGUGUGUGCACGUUUGUGUGUAUUCAUAAAUGCUUUGUUUGAUUUUAUUUAAUGCAGCUCCCUCACAGUAAGGAUUGGUCUUUGGUAUGAUACAAGUUGUUUGUACUUGUUUUGCUUGUCACUGACUGAAUGUUUACACAUUCAUUAAUAUGAAGUCUUGACAUUUCUGUUUGAAGUGUGAAGUUGUCCAUGUAUAUAGAAUUUUUGAAGUGAAUUUCAAUACAGAUUUGAAGAAUGUUCUGUUUUAAUUUGAAAUUGUGAUGUUUUGAAAAUAAAUGACUAUUUUGUCAAUA